CAUACCUUUACCUGUGUGCCAGAGACGUCGCACCUGAAUGCGGAAGUCUUCGUAUACGAAGUAGGCGACCAGUUGAGCUAAUGGAUUUUUUUUAAUUUGGGAGAAAAUGAUGAACUGAAACUAUUGAUAGGCUAGCCUGUUCCACAUUUAAGCUGAACGGACAGAGCCGAAGUUUUGUGGUUAUCAGAAGAUGUUUUUCAGAGAUCGAGAGUAUAUCUGUGUUUGUCUAGGCUAUGGAGCUGAGGGAGAGAGAGAAAUCUAAAGAGCAGGAUGAAGUCUGCAUUGAGCCGCUCAUGCCAACACUGGCCAGCAUGCACUCUCCUCUGAUGCACGACUUCGUGCUGGUGGCCCAUAAGACGGAGGACAAGGAGGAUGAGGUGCAAAAGAAGCAGGCGGCCUUCGUGGAGGCGCUGAAGAAGAAGAACAUGAAAGUCACAGAGAUUGUGCUGGAUGAUAAGGUGUUCUACGGUGUGAUGGCCCCAAGUGAGGUGUUUGAGAAGUACAAGUACCUGCUGAAGGUCUCGGACGCCUGCAACUCGAGCGGAGAGCAGAAAGAUGGCGUCCCUAAGUCCACCAGGAUCAGGAUAGCCUACUUUGUGUUACUCCACACGUACCUCAGGAAUGGAGAGGACCUGCAGGAGUUGAUGAGGAAGGGAGUGUUUGAGUCCAUGUUUUGCCUGCAUGAGAGGAGAAAGCAGAAGGUCUUGAGGCGGAAAUGGGCACGUUGGUCAGCUCUCUUCACCUGGCAGCCGUUUAAUGAUAUCAGGGAGUACUUUGGGGAGAAGGUGGCGCUGUAUUACCUGUGGUUGGGCUGGUACACUUUACUCCUGGUGCCAGCAGCUGUAGUCGGGGUCAUCAUCUUCCUGUACGGCCUCGCCUUCUUCAAAACCAGCCCUCUCAUUCGAGAGGUGUGUGAUUCAGACAUCAUCAUGUGCCCCCGGUGUGAUGAAAGGUGUGACGUGUGGAAGCUCUCUGACACCUGCUCCUAUGCUAAGGUUAGCCAUCUGUUUGAUAAUGAGGGAACCGUAGCCUUCGCCAUGUUUAUGGCUAUCUGGGCCACUAUGUUCCUGGAGUUGUGGAAAAGACACAGAGCCAGAUAUGUCUCCAAGUGGAAGGUGUACGACUGGUGUGAAGAAGAGGAAGAACUCAUCAUGGAGAUUGUGAACGACCCCGAGAGCAAACCCAAGGAGUUCCGACACUCAUACUGGCGGAGCGCUUUGGUCCUGGCGCUGUUCACGCUCGUGCUGGUUGUGAUCAUUGGGCUGACCCACGCCCUGGUGCUCUUCCGUGUGGUGAUGCGGGUUCUCCUAGUGAAUCAGGACUGGGAAUUCCUGACGACCCACUCUAACACCGCCGUCGUCAUGAUGGGCGCCACUCUCCACUACAUCACCAUCCAGGUCAUGACCCGGGUCAACCGGUAUGUGGCCUUCAAGCUGUGUGAGAUUGAGAAAUGUCGUUCAUUCGCGGCCACUGAGAGGAGCUUCACCGUCAAAAUGUUCACCUUCCAAUUCUUCACGGCCUUCUCCUCCCUCAUAUACAUUGCAUUCUUCCUGGGCAGGAUUAAUGGGCAUCCGGGGAACUAUGUGAGACUGGCGGGAAAAUGGAGACUAGAGGAGUGCCACCCCAGCGGUUGCUUGACUGACCUCUUCAUCCAGAUGGCCGUCAUCAUGGUGCUCAAACAGACACUCAACAACAUCUUUGAGUUCACCAUUCCCUGGUUCCAGCGCUGCUUCAGACAGACCACAGCUAAGAAGCUGCAGCGUCGCUGCGGCAAUUGCUACAGGAAGGCGUGUCGCCAAGAAGACGGCAAGUUAGAGCCAUGUGACACAUGCAAGCUACGUGACUGGAUCAAGAACUACCAUUUGCAUGAUGUCAAUUCCUUUAGCCUCUUCAAUGAGUACCUGGAAAUGGUCAUGCAGUUCAGUUUCACCACCAUCUUUGUGGCGGCGUUCCCACUGGCCCCUCUGCUGGCGCUCCUUAACAACAUGUUUGAGAUCCGCCUCGACGCCAUCAAGAUGGUCAGCCUAGAGCGCCGCCUAGUGCCCAAGAAGACCAAUGACAUCGGUGUAUGGACUAAAGUGUUGGAGGCCAUUGGUGUCCUGGCAGUGAUUGCUAACGGGCUGGUGAUCGGCAUCUCGUCUGACUUCAUCCCACGGCUGGUGUAUCGCUACAACUACGGCCCCUGUGCCAACGGCACCGCCAACGGCCUCGAUUGUAUGACAGGCUACAUUAAUGACACUCUGUCCACGGCGUACAUGUCAGAUGAGCGGGUGCGGAAGGACUUCUAUCCUCGACAGAUGAUGAACGCCACUCAGUGCAGUUAUAAAGACUACCGCAGAAAUGAGGACUACACUCUCACCUCCCAGUACUGGUUCAUUCUGGCCAUCCGCUUCGCCUUCGUCAUUCUGUUUGAGCAUGUUGUGGUCCUGUGUAAGUUCAUCGCUGCCUGGUUCAUCCCCAACAGCCCCAUGAGGGUGAAGAACCGCAGACUAGAGGACAAAUUCAAGAGACUGAAAGAGGAGCUCAGGUUUAUGAACUACAGGUACGACACUCAGGUAUGACCAUACGGACAUCCUUCAGAGGCCACAACCCCAUACUGGACCUCAGCCAAUCAGACGAGAGAAGCUGACAAAUACUCGCUCCCACACCUGAGAUGUAAUUUGCGCAGUGAAAGAAGGCUCUCUGCUGAAGGUGGACCUUAAGGACUGAUCUCAAAUCAGAGAGUACCAUCACAGCUUCGGCUGAAAUGUUAAUACAACACUGUCAUCACUGUACCCAGAUAAGAACACAUAGAAGCAAUAGAAGCGUGAUUGCAACGGGACAAGACCUCACCGACAUGCCUAAGUUACACACCCUCAUACAUAUACAAGUGUGUGUGUGUGUGUGUGUGUGUGUGGGUAUGUUAAGAGGUUUUUAUCGCUCAGGAUUAGGUUAGAAGAACAUGUUUAUGUGCCUAGAUUUUGUAUGUCCAGGAUUAUAUAUUGGCUGUUGUGUUUUUGCUCAGUGUGUUAGACCGAUCACAGUUGAUAAACCUUGAAGACUAUACUUAGCACAAUUGGCAGUUGUGCAAACUGUGAAACAGUUUUAAAAUAAACAACAAGUGUGUGUGUGUGUGUGUGUGUGUGUGUGUGUGUGUGUGAAAGAGAGGUUUUUUUUACAUAUGUGUGUAUAUUCAUGUAAUCCAAAGAAUGGGUCC